AUGUCUGAAAGAAAGGUCCUGUCGAAGUACUACCCGCCAGACUUUGAUCCGAGCGCAAUUACCCGUACGAAAAACAAACAAACAGGCCCCAAGGUGAUAACGGUUCGACUUAUGGCCCCGUUUUCAAUGAAAUGCACACAAUGUGGAGAAUUCAUUUAUAAAGGAAGAAAAUUCAACGCGCGCAAAGAAACAACAGAGGAGAAAUACUUCUCUAUCCCCAUUUAUCGUUUCUAUAUUCGGUGCACAAGAUGUAGUGGCGAGAUUACGUUCAAGACGGACCCCAAGAAUAUGGAUUACACGGCGGAGAAGGGCGCGAAGCGGAACUUUGAGCCGUGGCGGGAUCCGAAGAACGAGACGUAUAACGAGACGGAGGAGCAACUGCUGGAUCGGCUAGAGAAGGAGGAGAAUGAGGAGCAUGAGCGCGCGGAGAGGGAUAAGAUGGCUGAGUUGGAGGAGAAGAUGUUGGAUUCGAAGAGGGAGAUGGCAAUCGCGGAUGCGCUGGAUGAGAUCCGGACGAGGAAUGCUAGGAUAGAGAGGAAUGAGGCGCUAGGGGAUGAGGCGGCGCUUGCGCAUGUACGGGAGGAAGUUGACGAGGAAAAGUUGAACGCUGAGAAGGAGAUCGAGGAAGCUGCGCGGCGGGCAUUCACCACGGAAACUGGGGAGAAGGUGAAGAGGCUUGUUGAGGAGGAUUCUUCAAAUGGCGCUACGCCAGACCCCAAGCCGAGCGAAGCACCACCUUCAUUCGCACGGGUCAAGAAGGCGAAGAAGCCAUUGCCAAAUAGCUUGGGCAUUAAGAAGAAGGCAAAGCCAUCGCUGGUGUAA